AUGGGAAAACUUUGUGUCCUCAGUUUCACUGGGAUCUGCCAGGUUCCUCCUUCCACAGGAACGUACCCCUUUAAGGUAAUUGGUUCGAGGAGCCCGGUGCAACCACUGUGUCUCUUGCUUGCUCUCUCUGUUUGCAUGGGAACAUCAGAGGCACGAAUCGAGGAGACUUUAUGUGGAGCUGAACUCGUGGAUGCGCUGCAGUUCAUCUGUGCAGAGAGGGGCUUCUAUUUUGUCAGCAAAAUGGUGGGUCGUCGGAACAGACAGAAUCGAGGCAUUGUGGAGCAGUGCUGCUUUCGUAGCUGUGACCUUCUGAUAUUGGAGACGUACUGUGCCAUACCACCCGAAACAGCCAGAUCCACGCCUUCUACAGCUCCACAGAGGACCAUGCUACAUAGGGCAAUGGGGAAGCGGUCAGUUAGAAGCAAUCAGGACUACCUCACCUGGGCUGGAGGAACCCUGCAGCACUACCUGAGCACCACCAACCUCGCUGUCCCCCCCAGAACUGAGAUCCCUGAUUGGCUGGGACAGGGCAAAGACUCGCUGCGCAUUGAUGAGGGCACCAGGCACAGGCGGUACCCGUCCCAGCAGCGGUUGGAGGUGAUCAGUUCGGUGUACACCAAUGCUGUGCUCCUAGUGUUCACAGACCCAGCUGUCUUGCGGAGGAUGCCUGAGCACUGGGACGUCUGCUCCACGGUGUCCACUGCAAUGAUUAACCGCAACAUGGCAUCCAGGAUGUCCAUGGCUGAUAGACCACCCCCUCCCGGAGGAACCUCGGUGCUCCAUGUGGAGUACAAGUGA